CUGGAAAUGGGCCCUGUUGAACUGACACCGAUAAAAGAGGAAGCGGAGGACGAGGAGUCGAUCACCGAGAAAAGCUACCCGAUGAAGGAAGAAGAGGCUUCUUCUAGUCCGAGAAGACACGACGAAAAACAUGACACGACUACUUCUACUUAUGUGUCAGUGUCUACGAGGAGAGAACACAAACCUAAUCGAGCCGAAAGGAAUUUUUGGUCCAGUCUAGGAAUCGUAGACCCAGAUCACGAAGAUCAGAGUGAAGAGCACAGUGACGAUCACGAUAAUCACAGUGAAGAUCACGAUAAUCACAGUGAAGAGGAUGAGCAGCAUGAAGGAGCUUUUACUGGAGAUGACGCUGGAGUUAUUUCUUCAAAUGGAGAUGACGCUGUCGCACACUCCUCUGACGUAGAUUCUUCCUCCGAUGUAGAGAGCGUUGCUACAGAGGGCAAUCAUGGAACCACCGAGCCUUCGUCGUCUGAGGAUGUUGCUGCAGAAGCUGUGGUGGACGAUGCUGGCGCUGGCGUUUUAGAAGAUGCUGGCGUUUUAGAAGAUGCUGGCGUUUUAGAAGAUGCUGGUGAUUUAGAAGAUGCUGGUGAUUCAGAAGAUGCUGGCGUUUUAGAAGAUGCUGGCGUUUUAGAAGAUGCUGGUGAUCUAGAUGCUGCGUCCUUAGAAGAUCAAGACGCUGAUGCUCAAGAUGUUGCGUCCUUAGAAGUUGCAUUUGAGGAACCUGCUGAUGGCAGCACGACUUUCGAAAAUGGAAAUCCAGUGGAAGAUGAGACUUUUUCUACUGCAGCUCAAGACCAAGAAGGACCUCCCGAAGGAGAGGAGGUUGAAGGAACUGAAACAGAAGCAAAGCGACCAGAAGAGUCAACGGGUGUGUCUUCUGGAAGAGAAGCAGACGAACCUAAUAUAGAAAGAGAAGUUCUUGUGACAGACGAACCUCUAGUACCUCACC